GGCAGCCCGAGCGGCCGGGCGACAGGAGGCGGCGGCGGCAUGAGCUACUACCAGCUACCGGUGGUGAUCGACAACGGCUCAGGAGUGAUCAAGGCGGGCCUGGCUGGGUCCCGGGAGCCCCAGUUUGUCUACCCGAACAUUAUAGGCCGCGCCAAAGGCCAGACCUGGGGGUCAGAGGGCGCGCAGGAAGUGUGCGUGGGAGACCAAGCGCAGCAGCGGAGAAGCUCACUUUCCAUCAGCUACCCAGUGGAGCGUGGUCUCAUUACUUGCUGGGGGGACAUGGAGAUCAUGUGGAAACAUAUCUAUGACGAUAACCUGAAGCUAAGGCCCUGUGAUGGCCCAGUCUUGAUUACAGAGUCAGCACUGAACCCACUGGCCAACCGGCAAUGGGUCACUGAAGUAUUUUUUGAGCAUCUGGAGGUUCCUGCCUUCUACAUGUCCAUCCAGGAGGUGCUAGCUCUCUUUGCUGCUGGCUUCACAACUGGCUUUGUGCUGAAUUCAGGUGCUGGGGUUACCCAGUGUGUACCCAUCUUUGAGGGUUACUGUCUGCCUCAUAGUGUCCAGCAGCUAGAUCUGGCAGGUCUUGACCUUACCAACUACCUCAUGAUGCUGUUGAAGGAGCAUGGCAUCAUGCUGCUUAGUGCUUCACACAGAAAGAUUGUCACAGACAUUAAGGAAAACUAUUGUUAUGUGGCAAUGAACUUUGAAGAGGAAAAGGCCAAGAAAGCUGAUUGUAUAGAGAAGGUUUACCAACUACCUGAUGGGAAGACACUCAAACUCCAUGACCAGCUCUUUCAUUGUCCAGAGGCCCUCUUCUCUCCAAGUCUCAUGCAUCUUGAGACCCCUGGCAUUGAUAAGAUGUGCUUCAGCAGCAUAAUGAAAUGUGAUACAGAUCUGAGGAAUUCCUUUUUCUCCAAUAUUAUCCUUGCUGGGGGAUCAACCUCUUUCCCUGGUUUAGAUAAGCGGCUAGUUAAAGAUAUAGCAAAGGUGGUGCCUGCCAACACCCCUGUGCAGGUUAUUGCUCCCCCAGAAAGGAGAAUAUCAGUGUGGAUGGGAGGCUCUGUUCUUGCAUCCCUCUCUGCCUUCCAGGACAUGUGGAUCACCGCUGCAGAAUUUAAAGAAGUCGGACCCAACAUAGUGCACCAAAGAUGCUUCUAAAUACAGAUAAAAUGGUUAGAAGAAAAUGUUGUGAGUAAAUGUGACAGAAAACUUUGGAUAUUAUAUGUUGCGGGGAGAACAAAAUAUUUCAGUUAUUGGAAGGUCCAUGUCUCUGUUGCAUUUCUAUAAUGGGGGCAAAUAAUGAUGAAGCAGUCAAAUAACAUAUUUAUUGAGUAGAACCAAAUUAAAUGCU